GUUCACUCUGUCUUUCUCUCAGUUCACAGAUGUUGAGCUGAUUGAAGAAAUAAUGCUGAGGAUGAUACAGUCUUGAGGCUAAUAAACUGCUAAGCCUCCAACAUGUUGCCAGAACUGUUUGCCUUUUCUAAACARACUCUUAUGUGGACUUCUCGCUGGAAAGCCACUCCUUACAGAACUCUUUUCUAUUCAAGGCAGCGGCUAUUGGAAGCUACAGUUCGUAGAAACAGUCACAGAUCGGCUUUAGCACCGUCCUGGGUGGAAAAGCAGAAGCCUGUGUUUACCAAAGCACCAGAAUUUGGAGAAAAGCUUGCAGUCAUAGACAGCUGUGGGAAACACAGCUACAAGCAGCUGUACUGCAGCAGCUUGGGGCUUGCCAGUAGAAUCAGUUCUGCUCUUGGGUCUGAUUUUGGAGGUCUGGAUGGCAAACGCAUCUCCUUCCUGUGUGCAAAUGAUUCUUCAUAUGUAGUGGCACAAUGGGCGGUUUGGAUGAGUGGUGGGACAGCGGUGCCGCUCUAUCGAAAACAUCCUCCCUCAGAACUGGAGUACAUCAUCUCUGACUCCCAGAGUUCACUGGUGGUGGCGGGGCAUCCGUACGAAGAGAUCCUGCAGCCGCUGGCGCAGAAACUCGGCCUGCCGUGUCUGCCUCUGCCUCCGACUAACAACCUAGAUGCUUUGGAUGAGACAGAUACACGUGAGAAGGAGAUAACUAUUACAGACUGGACUGAUCGACCAGCUAUGAUCAUCUACACCAGUGGAACCACGGGGCGCCCCAAAGGGGUUCUACACACACACAGCAGCAUCCAAGCCAUGACCCAGUGUUUGGUUUCAGCGUGGGCGUGGUCCAAAAAUGACAUCAUCCUCCACACCUUGCCGCUCCACCACCUGCACGGCAUCGUUAACAAGCUGUUGUGCCCGCUCUGGGUGGGCGCCACCUGCGUCAUGCUUCCCGACUUCCAGGCUCAGAAGGUGUGGGAGAUGCUGCUGAGCUCCAAGGCUCCAACGAUUAACGUGUUCAUGGCCGUGCCGACCAUUUACUCCAAACUGAUCCAGUUCUACGAUCAGCACUACCAACAGCCUCUUCUGAAGGAGUUUGUCAAAGCGGUUUGCAAGGAGAGAAUCAGGUUGAUGGUUUCAGGUUCAGCUGCUCUUCCUCUUCCCACUCUGCAGCGGUGGAAGGAGAUUACAGGACACACACUGCUGGAACGCUACGGCAUGACUGAGAUUGGCAUGGCGCUGUCCAACCCUCUGACGGGCCCACGGAUCCCAGGAUCGGUGGGAGUGCCUCUUCCUGGUGUGGAUGUUCGAAUUGUGAUGAACAACAAAAUCAACACCAGUAUUGUGGAGGGAAAUCACAYAAAUACUUGGGUCCGUCCAGGUCUGGAGGGUAAAGAAGGGGAGCUGCUGGUCCGAGGUCAGUCUGUGUUCAAAGAGUACUGGAACAAACCUCAGGAGACCAGAGAGUCUUUCACUGACGAUGGCUGGUUCAAAACAGGUACAGAACCGUCGCUCUCUUCUCCUGCCUUUGUCCUAACUCACUUCUCUGCAGCGGACGUGCGCACACUCAUCGACAUGCUUCCUGGAAAGGGAGUGAAUUCUGCUUAUUGCAGCUGCACGAUCCGGCGCUGUCGGGGCACUUUACCGAGGGAGGAAAGAUGUCAGACGAGCUUUUCACCCAUGUUGCAGACUGGACUAACCCCGACGAUGACAKCCUUAACUUCACUACAGCGUUUCGCUCACAUCCAUCCUCUUGAUGUGGCUGUGAUCGGAGCCCCUGAUGCCACAUGGGGACAGAAAGUUACUGCUGUGGUUCAGCUGAGGAAGGGGAAGAGUUUAACCUUACCAGAACUGCAGACCUGGGCACGGGAACACAUGGGUCCAUACAAGAUUCCAACAGGCUUGUUGCUCGUGGAGGAAAUGCCGAGGAAUCAAAUGGGAAAAAUCAACAAGAAGGACCUCCUGAAACACUUCUUUCCUUGACUCAACAUGAGGGACUCUUCUAGGGUUGGCUUUUUUGUUUAGUCAAAAUGAGGCGAACUUUACCCACAAAUGUACUAAAAACACACAGAAAAUGGGUAAACUCAUCAUGGUCAAAUAUCUGARGAGGAAAUUUUAUAAACAAAACCAACAACUAUUUUAGAGUUGGAAACUUGAGAAAAUCACUGUCAUAAAACAGUAUGAAGUCCACAAUGAGGACAAAAAGUGUUGAGACUACAAAACAGUAAAAGUAAUCUGAACUGUGAUUUUAUCUGAUUUAUGAUACAAGGUGUAUGAAACUUUCAUUAGAUAGUGUUUUGUUUUUCGCGACAGUGUAUCACAAAUUUAAUGUCAUCACAUUAACAAUGAGGGUAAUAUCAAUAUUGUAAAGAACAAACUGUUUCUUUCUAACUUCCAGCUAAAGUUUAGUAAAUUUACCCAUUUUACACUUUUACAGCACGUCGUUGUGGGGAUAAAAAUAAAAGUACAAAUUACUGUUUUGUUAUGAAAUAUUGAAAUCAGUUAUUCUGACAAAAUGUUGUGAAAAUUAGAUUUAGAAUCAUAAAAACUUAAUUGAAGUUGAAAUAAAAGAAGGUAUCAGUUGUUAAGAGAAUUUAUUGAGUCAAAAUUAAAAAUCCAACAAACUCUUUUUUUAUUUUAACUAAAAAAAAUAGUAAAUACACUAAUUAUUUCAAUCUAACAUGGGCUUUAAUAUUGUUUUGCGUUUCAUAAAAGUUAAUCUCUUUGGACCUGAAAUAUAAAAUAACAGAUAAAUAACAGUUUAUUUUGGAUCUUUAAAAAAAUGAAACAAACUAAAGUUUUACACUUAAAUUUUAUAUAAAACGUAAUAAAAAGUUGCAUUAUUCAAAUUUUCAUCMUUGUUUCAAUCUCUAAAUAGAUUUUUACGUUAUCAAACAAUUAAAAAUGUUUAUUAAAUACUUUAGAGCCAUUCCUUGGAAAAUAAAAGUUCAUAUUUUAUUUAUUGUUCUGUAUAAUAACAGUAUAUAAAGGCAUCUGUAUGAAAAUGAGUAGGUUGAAGUCAAAUAUGUAUUUUCCCACCCCUCUCACUUUUCAGUUSAUCAAAUUCAGAUUUUUUAUUAUAUUAUUAUUACAAAGUAAUAAGCAUUAUAUCUGUUGUAUUUGCACUGAUCAUUCUGGUUUUGACUCAUAAUUUACUGAUGAAUAAUGAGUUUUAAGAGUAUAAAUUUCUGUUUCUAAUUGAUGAAAUUGAAUGCAACAUUUGCUGUUUUGCUAAAAAAAAAUAAAAAAUAAAAAUAAAAAAUAAAAAAAUAAAAGUCAUACGGUAAUGGUGUCCAGUCCUGGUCCUCUGGGUUUUUGUUGUUUCCCUCCUGAGGACCAGGUUUGGACACAACUGCUCUAAACUUUUAUGAAUAAAAAGCUGUGAUCAAACGCA